AAUUCCGUAAUCAUCGGUCAUGAAUCAAUGAAAGCGACGAAAACCCGCCGGUGAUAUUUUCUGCCCGCCGCGACCGCCGGAGCGAUGGCGCGAUCGGAAGGACGUUCUUACGGCUUUUCCCCUCUUCUUUUUCUCUCCCCCUCUUCUUCUUCUCGCUCCUCCCUUUCUUCUAUCCACUUUUUCUCUCUUUCUCUCCACCCGCUCGGUCUAUCUUCUUUCUUUCCCCCCUCUGCUUCUCUCUCUCUCAUCUCUCCUCUUCUCACUCCGCUCAAUUCUUCCUUUUCUCCCUCUCUUCUCCUCUUCUAUCUUUCACAAUGGGUAGCGUCGCUCAGAAGCCCGGAACUUUCCUGUUCACCUCCGAGUCGGUCGGAGAGGGUCACCCCGAUAAGAUUGCCGAUCAGGUUUCGGAUGCCAUCCUCGAUGCCUGUCUCGCCGAGGACCCCUUGUCGAAGGUCGCCUGUGAGACCGCCACCAAGACUGGUAUGAUCAUGGUCUUCGGUGAAAUCACCACCAAGGCCAACCUCGACUACCAGAAGGUCAUCCGUAAUGCCAUCAAGGACAUCGGCUACGAUGCCUCCGAGAAGGGCUUCGACUACAAGACCUGCAACGUCUUGGUUGCCAUUGAGCAGCAGUCUCCUGAUAUCGCUCAGGGUCUUCACUACGAGGAGGCUCUCGAGAAGCUCGGUGCCGGUGACCAGGGUAUCAUGUUCGGCUAUGCCACCGACGAGACCCCUGAGCUCCUGCCCCUGACCAUCCUCCUCUCCCACAAGCUGAACCACGCUAUGAAGGUGGCCCGUAACGAUGGCUCCAUCCCCUGGCUCCGUCCCGACACCAAGACCCAGGUCACCAUCGAGUACGCCCACGACAACGGUGCCGUCAAGCCCCAGCGCGUGGACACCGUCGUCGUCUCCGCCCAGCACAGCGACGACGUGAGCACCGAGGAGCUCCGCGCUGUCAUCAAGGAGAAGAUCAUCAAGAAGGUCAUCCCCGCCGAGCUGCUGGACGACCGCACUGUCUACCACAUCCAGCCCUCCGGCCGCUUCGUCAUCGGUGGUCCCCAGGGUGAUGCCGGUCUGACCGGCCGUAAGAUCAUCGUCGACACCUACGGUGGCUGGGGUGCCCACGGUGGUGGUGCUUUCUCCGGAAAGGACUACUCCAAGGUCGACCGUUCGGCCGCCUACGUUGCCCGUUGGGUCGCCAAGUCCCUGGUCAACGCCGGCCUUGCCCGCCGUGCUCUGGUCCAGCUCUCCUACGCCAUUGGUGUUGCCGAGCCCCUGUCCGUCUUCGUCGAGACCUACGGCACCUCCUCCAAGAGCUCCGAGGAGCUGGUCCAGAUCAUCCGCAACAACUUCGACCUCCGUCCCGGUGUCAUCGUUAAGGAGCUGGACCUGGCCAAGCCCAUCUACAACGAGACCGCCAAGAACGGUCACUUCACCAACCAGAGCUUCUCCUGGGAGAAGCCCAAGGCUCUCAAGUUCUAAGUGCCGCUCGUUUCUUAGAACUGUGACGUGCUUUGUCUGUGACACCUUCAUUUCUUUUUACGAAUGUGAUGAUUUUGCUUUGUUUUCAACAACUCAAAGCACGAGCAUAGACAUGUGAAAAAGCUUCUUAUUCGGAAUGUUUGUUUAAUAUUUGCAUGGUCGCCCACGGGCGACGGGUUCGGCGAGGAUAAAUUCAACAUGAUACCACUUUCAUCUGUUGGGAGGGAAGUUUUGGCGUUUGAUCUUUUUCAGGGAGCGACAGUCUUCAACACACGGCCUCCUCAGGCUUUGAUCUUAUACUGGACCGGGGAGUGCCACCUGCCCACAUCUUUUCCCCGUGGGCGGAGGGCACUUCCACCAGGAAGCUGCCGAGACACCUUUGUCGCAAGCUGUGCUUGGGAUUGGGUGUCUGGCGGAGGAGGUAACAUUUCCAUGACGCGAGUUUGGCUUGCAUCAUGGGCGUGCUAAUCUAAACAUUAGCAUAUAGAG